AUGAUGGAUGGUUUUGUCUUGACUUCUACAUCAGAGGAAAUUAUUUCACAUGAGCCUGAGACUUAUCGACCACCCGUGGACCUGUACCCCUACCUGAGCGGGGUGGGGGAGCUUUAUGAAGACCACAGAUGGGCUUUCCACUCCGAUCGGGUGCAGCCACCAGACUUUGAGAGUUCUCCUGUGAAUCACCUGACGGAGCUGCAGGCGGUGUCCUCUCAGCAGCUCAUACAGCCCUUCCGCUACAGCAACGACUCCCUGCACCUUCACCUGGAAGCCCCGCUUGCUCCUCUCUCCCUGACAUCACAGAUCCCAUAUUACACCCCGUCCCUGUGCUACCAGUACCCACCCUCAGCCUCACCUGGACGUUACUACUCAGAGGAGGAGCAAAGGCCCGUCAGUCACCCGCUGCAGGUCUCAGAGGGGGAGGACGAGUUGGACGAUUACAGCUAUUCCUUCAAGAAAGACACGAGCAACAAAAAGAAAAUCCGUCUGUACCAGUUCCUCCUGGACCUUCUCAGAAAGGGCGACAUGAACGACAGCAUCUGGUGGGUGGACCAAGACAAGGGCAUCUUCCAGUUCUCCACCAAACACAAAGAAGUCCUGGCGACUCACUGGGGCAAAAAGAAAGGAAACCGCAAAAAGAUGACCUACCAGAAAAUGGCCCGAGCUCUGAGAAACUAUGGGAAAACUGGAGAGAUCAAAAAGGUGAAGAAGAAGCUCACCUACCAGUUCAGCGAGGAGGUGCUGAACAACCUCAGCCAUCACUAUCAUCACUGA